AUGCCAUUGUCUGCCUUCCCUAAAUCAAACAAUCCUUUCAUUAAUUUCAGUAAAAAUAUAUUUAUGAACACUCUGAAAUAUCUCCAGAGUAAUGAAUUUCUCUUGGAUGUGGAUUUGUGGAGACUUUUUGCAAACUUAGAGGAGUUAAACAAGGAUGAAAGUGUGGGCUUAGGAGCAGGCUUGCAGCCCCAACUGACUGAUAAGAUAAGUCUCAGUUUUCUGAAAACGUUUUUUGAAACUGUGAAGAAGCACAUCAGCAAGUCAGACUAUCCUAUGGAUUUCAGCUCCGUACUCAGAACGUUUUUCCAGCGUGACCUCUGCCAGACACAUCAGAUUUAUUGCCUUAAUUAUACUUCUGCCAUCUUCUACUUAGAAAAACUGAGACGGAGAGAAGAUUUUGGCAUCUACCUGAAGUGGUGUGAACAAAAUGAACAGUGCAAAAGAUUGCAUCUGCCAGAGCUGCUGGUUGCUCCUCUACAUCGACUGACGCGGUAUCCCCUCCUCCUCAACAACAUCUGGAAGAGGAGCACUGAUGAAACAGAGAAAAGUUUUAUCCAGUCACUUAAAGAGAAGGUGGAAAAGUCUAUAAGGGAUCUGGAAGGGAAAGUCAAGUGGUUGGACAACUUUCAGAAGUUCAGGCAGCUGCAAGAGGUCAUAAUUUGGCCUCGGGUCUGGGAUCGUGACAAAAGGUUCUUUGUCCCAGAGUGUUUGAAGCACAACUUAAAAGAAAACAGCAGUGAAAACAUUUUGUCUUCAGCGAACAGACUUCUCCUUCAUGAAGGGAAGCUGAUGCUAGCAGAAAGCACAAGACUCCUUGAUGUCUACCUCUUUUUAUUUGAUGAUUUCCUACUAAUUACCAAAAUUAAACGUAACAAAAAGAAAUAUGGAGGCUCAGACACCAAUUUAAUCUCUGUCUGUCCUUCCCUCACUCCCGAGCUGCAGUCCUUCAUAAGAGAGGGGGGAUUUUGCACAGUCCUAGAUCAGCCCAUCCCACUAGACAGACUCAUACUGAAAAAUGUUGAACCCAUCCAAGUUACAGUCUUCAGCCUGCGAAAUGCUUUUCUAAUUCAGCAUGAGAACAGGUACCAGCAGUGCAUUGCAGUCUUCUUGCUACAAGCUCAGACAGAGACUGCCAAGAAAGCAUGGAUGUCACAGAUAGAAACAGCAAUCUCCAAUUACACCACACAACAUGAAACCAAGAAAAGCACUGCUUUCUGCUUCCCUGUUGAAUCAUCUGAAAUUUAAUAAUGUCAGUAUUACACAGAGCCAGUGGAAGACUAUUGUGGUGAUAAUAUAGUUAUUUUAUAAUGUAAUACCUUAGGUCUCUGAAGCUAACAGAUUUCUGACUUGACAAAAAUAUGGCACACAGACCACACGUGUAGGAAUAAAUUGGAGGAGGGGAAUGAGCCAUGCAACAAAUAUAUCGCUCCUAGAUGCUUUUUUGCUUCACCUAGGGAAGGGUCUUACCAUUCAGGGAAGCUUUAA